AGAGCCUCAUCCUCCAGGUUUUCAUUUGAAUUCAAGUAAUGGAUUGUAUCCUUCUCAUGUUGACCUACACUAUGGAGCCACUCCUUCGUUCCAAAGCCUGCUGAACACGCCAAAGGUUAGAAAUCCAGUGUUAAUCAAUCAAAGUGGUGGUAACAAUGCUCAUUGUCCUAUCUAUACUCCGAUGACCAAUUUUCAGACUCACGGUAACACUUCUUUGGGUAGUAACCGAAUUCCAAUUAGCACUCCAAUGGUUCCUUCUGAAAUUUGUGGUAACGCCACGGGCAUCAACAAUUAGAAUCAAGUAACAGCAAAAGGACUAAAAAAAAAAAGUUAGAGAUGUCCAAACAUCAAGUGACAAAAAAGAUUCGAGUGUUGAAGAAGAAGAAGCUUUGGCAAACGCGUGGUUGAAUGUGUCCUUGGACCCUAUUGUGGGUAACAAUCAAAAAGCUACUGCCAUGUGGGUUCGUAUCCAUCAAGUAUGGAAGGAAAACAUGGGGCCUAGAUGCAAAUAUCUUAGAUCGUCUAAUAGUUUACAAUGCCAUUGGUCCAUAAUACAUGCAGCGGUAACAACUUUGCAGGACAUUAUUCUAAACUAGAGAGGCAUCCUCAGAGUGGUACAAACUCAAAAGACUUGAUUCACAAGGCGUUGGGUAUGUACGAGGAUAUAGAAGGUAGAAAAUUCAAAUGGGUUCGUUGUUGGGAAAUAAUGAUUAAAAAUCCAAAAUGGCAGAAACAUGAUAAGAACAUUGCACCAGAUACGCAAGCGGGUGAUGAAAACAAGUCGCCUACAUCUGAAGAAUCUUUGUUGAAUAUCAUUGAUGAUAACAUAACACCUGGAAGUAAUAACGGUGAUGGUGUGGGACGACCAACAGGAAGAAAAAAGAGUAAAGAAAAGAAGAGAAAGUUGCGUGAUGAAAAUGGAGUGGUGGAUGCAUUAAGCAAGUUGCAGUCCACUAUGGCAAAACAGAUUAGUAUCAAUGAAAAAACUUUGGAGAUGAGAACGAAAAUUGAAGAAGAAAAUAUCCAGUUGAAAAGGCAAACACUAAACAGAGAGAUGGAAAUGAAGAUGAAGGAACAAAGGAGAAAAUGCCAAGAACGGAAAUUUGAGGCGGAGAAGACUUGGACUGAAUUUAGUUGAAGAGCUGAAGUUAAUAAUGUAUUAUUUGAAUGUACUUGGUUACUAGAGUUCAAAUGUAAGACUUGAAUGGAUCCUAUCAUUUUCUUUGAGCAAAGAUUUCAAUGAUGGUUGUUCUUUUUUGUUCCACUGGCAUAUUACUAACUAGUAUACACUUGAAAAUUUGCUAUACACUUGAUUUGCAACUCAAAUUGGAAGCACUGAAUGAGUUUUAUUCAUCAAAAAUUUAUUCAUAAAGGAGAACAUUUUUUUGUGUUUGUAUAUGAAACUAA